CUACCCUUCAACUUCUUUCCCAAUCCCUCUCUUCCUCUUCUUUUCUCUCCUCUGUUCUCCACAAGAAUCAAAAACCCAAGAAGAACAACAACCCAUCAAAGCACAUCAAUCAAAUCUCCCCAAGAUGAAGAAAGCAGUCUCUUUGUUCAACUGCAAGAAGACCUCUCGUCCAUUCAAAGACUUCUACAUUGAAUGGAUCGAAACCCUCAAGAAAAUCCACCUCCCUCUUCUCCGGCGAUCAAUCUCCACCCUCUCGCCGCCGUCAAGUCUCCUCCCAACCCACGUCGAAAUGCUCCACCACCACUUCCAACUCUACUACGACGCCCUUGACGUCGCCGCCUCCAACGACAUUGCUCAAAUCCUCUUCCCCGAUUGGCGAAACUCCCUCGAAAAGCCCUUCCUCUUCCUCGGCGAUCUCCAUCCCUAUCUCUUCACCAAUCUCCUCCGAUCAUUCCUCAACGACGAUGAAGAAGACGAUAAAGAAAUUGGGUUUCAAAUUGGGGAAGAUUUGGAAUUUUUUGAUAAGCCGUGGCACGUUGUGAUGGCUUGGAAGAGUCCUCCGAAGGCUUUAAUGACCAAAAUCGAUCAGAUUGAAUGUGGGUUGAGGCUAAUGGUUCCUGCGCUUGUGGCUAGAGCGAGAAUUGCUCAGGCGGGUUUUGCGAAGAGAGCAGGGGCGGAGUGGGGGCGGAGCCAGGGGAGGAAAGAGGCGGCGAGCGGUGAGAUUAGGGAGGCUGUGGCGGCGCAGAUGGAGGAGAUGAGAGGUGUUUUUAUCGACGCAAAUCGGCUCCGGCGAAGUAUUCUUUCAGAUAUCUUGAGUGUUACCAGUGUAUAUCAAGCUGCUCUGUUUCUUGAAGGAUUAGCCCAAUUUCUUGUUGGGUUUCGAGAUCAUGAAUUGCUCGGUGAAUUCAAUCGGUGCAAAAAGGUUCUCAAUUGAUGAAUUCAAUGGGGUUUUUUUCUCAGAUUUGGGUUUCUGAUUUCUGGUAUGGAAUGAAUGAAUGAGUCUGUGCUCUGGACUUUCUUGCAUGAUCUUGAAACAGAGGAGCUCUGAAGUGUUCAUUGGCAUAUCAAAAUUUGCUGAUCAAGGCCAUUGUUCAUGCAAGUUCUAUUAUUUAAUUGAUUGUUUUGUUCUAUAAUCCUUUUUAGUUCCACAAUUUUCAUGGGAAAUAGGCCUGUUUGAUGAUUGUUUUGAGUA